CAUUAUGUGGUCACCAGCAUGGCUGUGUGCGGUCGCCUGCUGUCUGUUGGCUAAUGGCGUUUCCUCCCAACCAGCAUGCGAUAUGAGCCUGACGGCGGACAGUGGGUCGUUUACCAGUCCGAACUACACAAACAACUACCCUGACAACAGUAACUGCACAUACAAGAUCUCUGUCACCCCGCCCAAAGUCAUCAGACUUACGUUCACAGACUUUAACACUGAGGAAGAUUAUGACUUCGUGUAUGUGUAUGACGGAGACACAGUUGAUCCUUCACAACUGAUAGGCAAGUUCCAUGGAGCAAGCCUCCCUGAUCCCAGGACGUCAAGUGGCAGCGUCAUGACUGUGCGCUUUACCUCCGAUGAGUACGAAACAAGAAAGGGAUUCCAGGCCAACUAUGCAGCCGAGGAUAAAGUGUUUGCUCGGUGUGGGGUCGGCCAGUACCGGUGUGCUAACGGUGUAACCUGUAUAGACGCCUGGAGAAGGUGCGACGGAAACAAUGACUGCAGGGACCGUAGUGACGAGGAUGCGAGCAGUUGUGCGUGUCAAGACAUUCCAUCGUCGUUGACGAUAUGCAGGGGCCUUGAGUGGGGCUCAAAGAUGACACUCCCCAACCCACUGGACUACAGUCACACCACGUUGGACAUGGUAACAAACUCGGCAGCAUUCACCGACCUCGAAAGCCUUGCCGAGUCUGAUUGCCACCCCCGUGUUAGAGAGCUCGUCUGUGCUACCAUUGUACCGCGCUGCGAGGCCAGUCCGAACCUCCGACAAAAGCUGCCCUGUCGUUCUUGGUGUGAAGAGGUGAAGUACUCCUGUAAUAAUGAGGACUCUUGGGAAGCUUUCCCCAACUGUGAGAUUUUCCCUUACACCAACUGCAACAACAUCAAGACUUCAAUGAAGGAUGGUGUGGAGUGCUUCGAUGGAAAUGGUGCAAAUUACAGAGGGGAUGAGUCCAGAGCUCCUAUAGCCGGUGUAGACUGUAGCGCAUGGAGCGAUGAGCAAGGCAUCAUAGCGUAUUACCCCUGGGCAAACCUUGUUGGCAACAAAUGUCGUAACCCCGACGACUGGAAUAGACCAUGGUGCUACAAGCCAGAUGGGUACGAGGAUUGUGACAUCGUGCCUUGUAACAUAAAGGGGUGCAAGGAUCCCGGAAAACCACAGUUUGGUCAGCGGUCUCCCAAGCUGAAGUUCUACUGGCCUGAUGACACAAUUACGUACACAUGUGAUACAGGUUACAAGUUCAAGAAAGACACUACGCCCAACAGGGCUCUAUGUGUAACUGAUGACGAAACAGGAGAAGUCGACUGGGAAACAGAUAAACCUGAAUGCGAAGUCGACCAAAAAUUCCAACUACAAAAGGACCUUCUGAGCGCAAAUGUCUACAACAAGGCGGUGUCUCCCACAACUAGUUUGAAUAUAAAGGCAUAUGUGGUCAACGUCAUCAACUUGGAUGAAAAAGCGGAACAGAUAGUAACAUCCUUUAAAGCUGAAUACGCAUGGAAAGACGACCGACUGGAAUGGGAAACCAAACAAUAUGGAGGAUUGGAUCGUAUGUUCAUCCUAGAUGAUCAAGUCUGGAAGCCAACAUUGAUCCUGGAGAGAAACGCUGACACAGGUUAUAGUGGCGGGUUUCCUAAGUCAGAGGUCAAGAUUUUGAACAACGGGGAGGUGACCUGGCCUAUUGAAUCACUGACCACCACGACCUGCAUCCUGGACCCCUUCCUCUUCCCACAGGACAACAUGACGUGUGCGGUGUGCUGGAGAGCUGGGGAAGAGUACACAAUAGACUGUUCCAAUUCCACAACACACAAAGACAGCAACUUCCUGACCUGCCAGAACUACGAGGCCGACAUUGUCACGGGAGAGUGGAGUGGAAAAACUACUCUAUCAGCUAGAAACAACACGGCCUGUCUGACUAUGACGCUCAAACGAGAUCCAACCUACCACUACUCCACAACCAUCUCUCCCUGCCUCAUCCUCAUCAUCCUCAUGAUCAUCACCUUCAUCAUGCCCAUCGACAAAGGUGACAGGAUCGGGUUCGGCGUCACCGUGCUGCUGUCCAUGGUGGUGUCGCUAGUCGUCGUUACAGGCUUCCUGCCUGUGUCCAGUACCCUGCCUUUCAUUGCUAUGCUGAUCAUUGUGUGCAUGGCUCUGAUGGCGCUCUUCAUGCUGACGACACUUUUCAUCAUCAUCAUACACGACAAGAAGGGACCUGUCCCCAAAUGGGCGCGGACGAUCUUUUUGAAGCACCUUGCAAGAUUCCUGUUUAUGGGAGACUUGACCAAGAAGCUGAAAACUGAAAAGCCAGCAACAAACAGCUCCGACAACAAAGGAAAUGACAUCGAAGGAAACAUCAAACCCUCCAUCAUAAUGGACAACGACGCCCCAUUUUCUGGAAGACACAACCCACCUCUCAGCGUAAAGAACGAGUGUGUUAAAACCGAUAUCAGGAUGAAUGGAAACUUAGAUGAGUUUAAUGUCAGUGUUCGGCAAAUAUUCGACCGCAUCGAUGCUUUAGCACGUGGAAGCGAUGGUGAUGGCGAUGAGGAAGUCGGGGAGUACCCUUUAUUGGCCGAUGUUCUGGAUCGGCUGAGUCUGGUUCUGUACCUCAUCGCCAUCGCCGCGACCGUUCCCUGCACUCUGCUCUUUGGUCGCCCACGGGUCAACUGAAAAUAUUGGUGUUGACGUAAAUGCUUGAUGACAACCGGGAAUCUUAGAAUAACUAUUCUAAUCAUUCGUAACAACGGAAGUUAAAAAAGGAACCUCGAAUCAUCACUACUGACAGCACAGAAUUGACGAUUUGGCUGUGUUACAAUAUGUACAUCCCUCUCGAUCUAAUACUCUCCAUUACAUACUAUCAUUAUCUUUCGUCACGUCAUACCUUGCAAAUUUAUGACCAUCCAAUCAAGAAGGCUACAGAACGGCUUCGUCUGUACUAACCCAUAAUAAUAAACAGCCCAUGUAGAGGAUAUGUUAGCCAAGUAGAACUGUUUUGUGGUGAGCGCUGUAGUGGCAACUUUAGAGAUCCUUCGUGUACAUUAAAAAGAAAAUUAACUUCGUUGUA